CAACACUUUUCCGAAGAUAUGUUGAAAGUCUUCAUCACUCUCUGAGAUAUUAGAGUUUCUCUCUCUUCCAAGAAAGUUCCUUUGUUCCUUCUCUCCGGUCUUGAGGGCUCUUCCUAUUCUCCUAUUUAACAGACCAGCUCUGCAUCUUUCUCAAAAGGCUUUCCUCCUCUGCCCUUCUCUCCUUUUAUAUCCUCUUAAGGUAUCCCUCUUUGAGGUACGUUAAGUCUUGUUUCCUGGUGUUUCUCUUCUUCAUUUCGACUAUUCUAUCCCUCAAGUUUUCACUUUUGGUUGAAUUGGGUCGUUCUCUGGUUUGGGUUUUUUUGAUGGUCAUGGAUCCAAAAUUCACUGAUUAUAUAAACGGUUUUGGAGUUGAAGAUGAUGCACUUCUAUUCACUUCUGGUCAGUACCCGAAUUUCACAAAUGGACUAGAAUUUAAUGUCCCUUCUCCAGAUCUUGGCUUUAUGAGUGCGAAUGUUCCUGUUAUACCUCCUAAUCCUGACCCUGGUAUUUCCGUUCCACCUGCUACUGUAAGUUCGGAUGGGAGCUCGUUUUCUGCGUCCACGGGCUGGAGCCCAGAUGGGGAGUCAUCCUCACCUUCUGAUGACAGUGACUCCACGGAUCCAGUUCUCAAGUACAUAAGGCAGAUGCUUAUGGAAGAGAACAUGGAGGAUAAGCCUUUUAUGUUUAAUGAUUAUUUGGCUCUUGAAGACACUGAGAAAUCAUUAUAUGAAGUCCUUGGUGAGCAAUAUCCUCCGUCUAAUCAACCCCAACCUUUGCUCAAUGUGAAUGUGGAGAGUCCUGAUAGUAAUCUUUCUGGUAAUAGUCGUGAUUAUGGUAGUAACAGCAAUUCUAGUACAAGUAUUAGCACUAGCGAGGGGACUAGCAAUUAUAUUGAUCAUUGGGGGGUUGGUGAAGUCGUAGAGCAUGCUCCUUCGUUGUUGCAAGCUCCUCUUUCUGGUGAUUACCAUUUCCAGUCCAAUUUGCAACAGCCUAGUUCACAAUUUUCUGUCAAUUCAACUAAUAGCUCGAGUAACAUGGGUAAUGGGCUGAUGGAAUCUUCUGUUAGUGAGCUUCUCGUUCAGAACAUCUUUAGUGAUAAGGAAUCUGUCUUGCAGUUCCAGAGAGGGUUUGAAGAAGCCAGUAAAUUCCUUCCUAGUAGUAAUCAACUAAUUAUUGACCUAGAGAGCAACAAAUUUCCUAUGGGGCAAAAGGGGAAGGUUCCAAACCUUGUAGUCAAGGUGGAGAAGGAUGAGAGGGAGAACUCACCGGAUGAAUUGAGGGGUAGGAAGAAUCAUGAACGAGAUGAUGGAGGUUUGGAAGAAGAGAGGAGUAAUAAGCAAUCAGCUGUUUAUACAGAAGAGAGUGAUUUGUCAGAUAUGUUUGAUAAGGUGUUACUCUGUACUGAUGGAAAAGCUAUGUGUGGUUACAAUAAAACUCUGCAGCAGGUAGAAACCAAAACCUUGCUGCAAAAAGAACAAUCAAAUGAAUCCAGUGUUGGGAAAACUCGUUCCAAAAAACAGGAAAAGAAGAAAGAAACAGUGGAUUUGAGGACUCUUCUAAUUCUCUGUGCGCAAGCUGUUUCUGCUGAUGAUCGUAGGACUGCUGGUGAACUGCUAAAGCAGAUUAAAGAGCACUCGUCCCCUCUUGGUGAUGGAACUCAGAGGUUGGCCCAUUUCUUUGCUAAUGGCCUUGAGGCACGCUUGGAUGGCAGUGGUACUCCAAUACAAAAUUUAUAUUUUUCCCUAGCUUCCAAGACUACAGCUGCUGAUAUGUUGAAAGCUUACCAAGUGUAUCUUUGUGCUUGUCCAUUUAAGAAGCUAUCAAUUUUCUUUGCAAACAAAAUGAUUUGGCACAUGGCUGAGAAAGCAAGCACCCUUCAUAUUGUAGACUUCGGUAUCCUGUAUGGUUUCCAAUGGCCCAUUCUUAUCCAGCAUCUCUCGAAGAGACCUGGUGGGCCUCCUAAGCUACGCAUAACUGGAAUAGAGAUUCCUCAACGUGGUUUCCGCCCAGCAGAAAGAAUUGAGGAGACAGGUCGUCGCUUGGAAAGGUAUUGCAAGCGCUUUGAUGUUCCAUUUGAAUACAAUCCAAUGGCAGCUCAAAACUGGGAAACCAUCCAAGUAGAGGACAUCAAGAUUAAGAGCAACGAGAUGCUUGCUGUAAAUUGUCUUUUUCGGUUUAAGAAUCUACUGGAUGAGACAGCUGAGGUGGACUGUCCAAGGAAUGCUGUUCUAAAAUUGAUCAGGAAAAUGAACCCUGAUAUUUUUGUUCACUCUAUAAACAAUGGAUCUUAUAAUGCUCCCUUUUUUCUUACAAGGUUCAGGGAGGCUCUAUUCCAUCUCUCUGCAAUAUUUGAUAUGUUUGAAAAUACGUUGCCUCGUGAAGAGCCAGCAAGGAUGUUAUUUGAGAGGGAGUUUUUUGGGCGGGAAGCCACGAAUGUUGUAGCAUGUGAGGGCUCAGCGAGGGUUGAGAGGCCAGAGACAUACAAGCAAUGGCAGGUUCGGACAAUAAGGGCAGGGUUCAAGCCACUUCCAUUGAACCAGGAACUGAUGAAGACAAUUAGAGCUAAGUUGAAGUCUUGGUACCACAAAGAUUUUGUAAUUGAUGAGGACAACCACUGGAUGCUGCAGGGAUGGAAGGGGAGGAUUCUUUAUGCUUCUACCUGUUGGAUACCUGCACAGGAAUCUUGACCCGAAAAACUGAGAACAUGGCUAAGAUAAUCUUUCAGAAAAGGACAGGCGAUGAUAACUUCAAAAUAUGGGCAAAGAUUACAUAGCAGCAUUUGCCUUCUUCCUGAAGAAUCUUAUGGAGUUAAGAGGUUUCUAGUUGUAUGGUCUGAGGUUUACUAGAUAUUCUGUAAAUUAACUUCAGCUUGGCUCAUCCAGUGAUUGAGAGUUACUGAUCCUGCUGUGAAGUGUCACCAUCUUAGCGCUUUUCGAGGUGGAACAAUGGGGCAAAUUAUCUACUGAAUAAAGCUUUGGAGAAAUCUAUGAUCCUGUUGUUUUGUAGAGGCUGUACUAAUCAAAUCAUGUUCUUCCUUUCCUGGUUACUUCCCCGUCAGUGGUGGUGAUCAGGGGAAGUUGCGUCUUAGCAUGUUGUCUGUAAAUAUUUCCGUGAGUUUGAUGAACUGCAUUUGUUCAAUAUUAGUCUAUGAAAGUCAAGUUUUGCAGAAACCUGUUUUGGUACUUUGUUUACAUGUUCAUUGAUUGCUUAAUUGCCUUGUGAUUCUGUCGUUUCCACUUUUAUCGCCAUGAUCAGACACAAAGCAUUGUUUUAUGAUUCAGCAGGAGAUUGUUGUA